AUGAGGAUUGAAGAGAUCGCCGAUGAGAUGGAAAAGACCAUUCUCGAACAAAAGCCCAACGCAGAGAAAGCACACACAGCAAAAGAUGGAGCCGAGGAAACGAAGCCAGAAUUACCGCCGGCAAUGGCAUCACACAAGAAGCAGACAUUUGACGAAAUCAUGGCCGACCUGAACAAGUCCCCACUGUUCAUGACGGACAUGGAAGAAAACGACGACAUUGCGGCCCUCCAAGCGCUCAACUACGAGGGCACACCGCUUGAAAACGGGGCUGAUUUCAAGAUUCGCGGCAACGAAUGCUUCAAGGUACGGGGGUAUGUGGACGCGCGGGAAUUCUACACCAAGGGCAUCCAGAUUUUGUUCCUGGAAGAGCGGAAACGUGCCCGCGGAGAAAUCACCAAGAGCCCCGAGGGCGUGGAAGACAGCGCAGAGGAAAUCGCCUCGCAGAAAGAGGUGCUCGAGGCGCUGUACGUGAACCGCGCAGCAUGCCACCUCGAGCUAGACAACUACCGCAGCUGCUGGACAGACUGUGCCGCAGCGCUGCGCCUGAACCCGCGCAACAUAAAGGCCUGUUAUAGGAGCGCAAAGGCCCUCCUGGCAGUGGACCGCAUCGAGGAAGCAGACGACAUUUGCGCGCGCGGACUGUCCCUCGACCCCGAAAACAAGGGCCUCAAAGACACGGCAGACAAGAUCAUCAAGCGUGCGAAAGAAAUAGACGCCAAGAACAAAAAGGACGCUGAGCGAAAAGCCAAGGUCAAGCGGCGCGAGAUGCUCCUCCAGGCUGCCCUCAAGGCGAGGGGCAUCCCGACCAGGACGACAGCCCAGCCCCCCGAGAUGGGGGACACGAAGCUCGAGCUUGUGCCGGACCCGGAUGACCCGCGGAGCAGCCUGUCGUUCCCGACGGUGCUGCUGUAUCCCGAGCAUCUUGAGUCAGAUUUCAUAAAGGCGUUUAAUGAGACGCAAACGCUCGAGGAUCACUUGUCGUACGUGUUCCCGCUGCCGUGGGACAAGGAGGGCGUGUACACGGCCGCGGGGGUGACUUGCUACGUGGAGACGCUGGGAGGGGGUGUGCUCAAGAUGGGGAAGAGGGUGCCGCUGCUGAAGGUGUUGGGGACGGGGAAGGUGGAGGUUGUGGAUGAGGUGAUGAAGAUUUUUGUGCUGCCGAAUGAUAAGGCGGAUGGGUGGGUGAAGAGGUUCAAGGAGCAGAAGGCGGCGGAGUUGGGGAAGGGUGGUGGUUGA